AUAAUCUCUCUUUUUUUUUUUUUGGUGUGUGAUUUUAAUAAAAAAAUUAAAUUUGCAUUCUUCAGAACUAGCUCUUGCCACCACUAUUUAAAUGGAUGCAUAUAUCCUCUUUAUUCUCACAAAACUAUCCAACACAAACAUAACUAAAUUUCAUAAUGAAGUCUUUUUCUUUGUUGUCACCUACACUUUUAUACCUUCAUCUUCUUUUGCUGUUUACCUUCAAUUUAAUGUGGUUUGACACUAAUAACAAAACUGUGGCAGUGGCUGCAAUAUUAGGAAACCAAACAGAUCAUUUUGCAUUGCUCAAAAUCAAAGAGUUAAUAUCCAGUGAUCCAUAUAAAACUCUUGAAUCUUGGAAUUCUUCCAUCCACUUCUGUAAGUGGCAUGGAAUCACAUGCAACCACAUGCAUCAAAGAGUUAUAGGAUUGAACCAAGGAGGAUAUCAGGUACAUGGAUCUUUAUCUCCCUAUAUUGGUAAUCUCACUUUUUUGAAAAAUCUCACCCUUCAAAACAACAGCUUCUAUGGAGAAAUCCCACAAGAGUUGGGUCAGUUGCUACAAUUGCAAAAACUUCAUAUCUCCAAUAACUCUUUUGUAGGUAAAAUUCCUACAAACUUGACAUAUUGCUCCAAUCUUAAAGAGUUAUACUUGUCUAGGAACAAUCUCAUUGGUAAAAUACCAAUUGAAAUUGCCUCUUUGAAAAAUCUUCAAAGAAUGACUGUUUCUAAUAACAAAUUAACCGGAGGAAUCCCAUCAUUCAUAGGGAAUCUUUCAUUCAUAACACACCUUAGUUUUGGUCGUAACAACUUUGAAGGAGAUAUUCCACAAGCAAUUUGUCGCCUAAAAACUUUGACAAUUUUACAUGUUGGUGAGAACAAUUUGUCAGGUACCCCUCCUUUUUGUGUUUACAACAUCACAUCACUUACUAUAUUUUACAUGGCAUUUAAUAACUUUCAUGGCCCUCUUCCACCCAACAUGUUUCACAACCUCCCAAAUAUCCAAGAGUUUGGCAUUUCAGGAAAUCAAUUUUCAGGUCCAAUCCCCACUUCUAUAAAUGCAUCUUCUUCCAUUAAUUAUCUUGAUAUCUCUAACAAUAAUUUUGUUGGACAAGUUCCAAGUCUAGGAAAGCUAAAAGAUUUAUACCAUCUAAAUUUGGAACUCAACAAUUUAGGUAACAAUUCAGCUAAGGAUUUAGAGUUUCUAAAAUCUUUGACAAACUGUAGUAAAUUGAAUGUGGUUUCUAUUUACCAUAAUUAUUUUGGUGGCAUUCUUCCAAAUUCUAUAGGGAAUUUAUCUACUGAGCUUAAUUUACUAUAUCUUGAUGCUAAUAUGAUAUCAGGAAAAAUUCCUGCUGAACUAGGACGUCUAGUUGGCUUAAUAUCAUUGUCCUUAGAAUCUAAUCAGUUUGAAGGAAUUUUUCCAACUACUUUUGAAAAGUUUCAAAGCUUGCAAAUGUUACGUUUGAGUAUAAACAAGUUGUCAGGAAAUAUACCACACUUUAUAUGCAAUCUCAGUCAAUUGUAUUUUUUGGAUUUAUAUUAUAAUAUGUUUCACGGAAAUAUUCCUUCAAGCAUAGGAAACUGUCAAAAGUUACAAUUUCUAGAUCUUUCGCAGAAUAAGCUUAGAGGAACCGUACCUUUAGAGGUUUUUAAUCUUUUUUCUUUAUCAACUCGCCUAGACUUGUCGGGUAACUCUUUGAGUGGUAGCUUACCAAGAGAAGUGGGUAUGCUAAAACAUGUUUUUUGGCUAGAUGUCUCUGAGAACCAUUUGUCUGGGGAUAUUCCUGAAACUAUUGGUGAAUGCAUAAGCUUAGAACACCUCAGCUUACAAGGGAACUACUUCAACGGAACCAUACCAUCCUCUUUAGUAUCUCUCAAAGGUCUUAUAUAUUUAGACCUUUCCAGAAAUAAAUUGUACGGACCAAUUCCUGAUGUUAUGCAAAAUAUCUCUAGCUUAGAAUACUUGAAUGUUUCUUUCAACAUGUUGGAAGGUGAGGUCCCGACAAACGGUGUGUUUGGAAAUGCAACCCAAGUAGCAAUUAUUGGAAACAAUAAGCUUUGUGGAGGUAUUGCACAACUGCAUCUACCACCAUGCGAUAUCAAGCGUCAAAAACACACAAAACACCAUAAAUUCAAGUUGAUAACACUGAUAAUUAGUGUGGUUUCUUUUCUUCUCGUUCUUUCAUUUAUUAUAACAAUCUACUGGAUAAGGAAAAUAAAUCGAAAACGAUCUUUUGAUUCACCAACAAUUGAUCAACUAGCUAAGAUUUCAUACCAUGACUUACAUCGAGGAACUGAUGGGUUCUCGCCUACAAACUUGAUCGGAUCAGGAAGUUUUGGUUCUGUGUACAAAGCAAAUCUUGUGUCAGAAGAUCAUGUUGUUGCCGUAAAGGUCUUGAACCUGCAAAAGAAGGGAGCUCACAAGAGUUUCAUCAUUGAAUGUAAUGCACUCAAGAAUGUUAGACACCGAAAUUUAGUUAAGAUUUUAACAUGUUGCUCUAGUACAGAUUACAAAGGUCAAGAAUUUAAAGCUUUAGUUUUUGAUUACAUGAAAAAUGGAAGCUUAGAACAAUGGUUGCAUCCAAGGGAAGAAAAUGGUGAGCAUCCAAGAACAUUGGAUCUUAAUCAAAGAUUGAAUACAAUUAUUGAUGUUGCUUCUGCAUUACACUAUCUUCAUCAUGAAUGUGAGCAAUUGAUCCUUCAUUGUGAUCUAAAGCCAAGCAAUGUCCUUAUUGAUAAUGACAUGGUUUCUCAUGUGAGUGAUUUUGGCAUAUCAAGACUCAUCUCAGCCAUUGACGGAACCUCUCAAAUGGAUAACAGUACAAUUGAAAUAAAAGGGACUGUUGGCUAUGCUCCUCCAGAGUAUGGAAUGGGUUCUGAAGUGUCCACAUGUGGUGACAUGUAUAGCUUUGGAAUCUUGGUACUAGAAAUGCUUACCGGUAGAAGACCUAUUGAUGAAACAUUUGAAGAUGGUCAAAAUCUGCACAACUUUGUUUCAAUUUCGUUUCCUGAUAAUCUUAUAAAGGUUUUGGACCCACAUCUUGUAUCAGGAGAUGCAAAAGUAGUAAUAGAAGAUGGAAACAGUGAAAAUCUUAUUACAAGCGUAGAGGAGUGGUUAGUUUCACUUUUUAAGAUUGGACUUGUUUGUUCGAUGGAAUCACCGAAAGAAAGAUUGAAUAUUGUGGAUGUUAAUAGAGAGCUUAGCAUAAUCAAAAAGGCCUUUCUUGCUGGUCCUCACACUCAAACUAAAUUUCUAAGGUCAUCCGUGGAAAAAGAAGUGUACUCAGCAUGAUGCAGUGUUUUAAAUGAAUAGAAUGGUCCAGUUGGAAGCACAUGUGGCAUUUGGAUGCUUAGUUUGCAAAAAUUAAUUUGUGUGAUGGUGUUGGUCGAUUUACCUGCAAACAACUUGUACUUCAUUUAAGGUUGAUGAUUUGUAGGAAACCCUGAAAGUGGAAUGAGAAACAUGAUAUUAUGAUUGACAGGUGCACAUUUCACUACUAAUAUAUUUCCAUUCAUUUGAUCCUAUCCACAACUUUCUUGGGGUUUCUUAGUUCAAACUAAGGGUGAUUGACCAAACUCCUACUUGUUUCAAGUUUCCUUUUACAAAUCUGAAAUUACUUGUAUGAAACUUGAGAAUACAAAUACAUAUAUAUUGCAGGUUGUAAAAAUUUAUACUUGUAAAAUAUAUGGUUGUUAAUUCAGUAAUACAUGCAAAACC